AGGAGGCCGUGCGGAGAGGGGCUCUGGGGCUCAGGAUGUGUCUCAUGCCUGGAGCCAGGGCCUUCCUCCUCUGCCGCUGCUGCUCUCUCCCCUUGCCAGGUUUCUGCUGCAAGUUGGACGGCUGCCACGCACCCGACUGCUGUGCCAGAACCAGAGGCAUCUUUGGUCAACACUUGGAAGACACGAUCCAGCAGGAGAAGAAGUACGGGCGACACCUGGCUCCGCUUUUGGUGGAGCAGUGCGCAGAUUUUAUCCGGGAGCAUGGCCUCUCUGAGGAAGGGCUGUUCCGUAUGCCGGGGCAAGCCAAUCUGGUGAAAGACCUGCAGGAGUCCUUUGACUGUGGGGAGAAGCCGCUGUUGGACAGGAAUACUGAUGUCCACACCGUCGCAUCCGUCCUGAAGCUGUACCUCCGGGAGCUUCCAGAGCCCGUCAUUCCAUUUGCUAGAUACGAAGAUUUCCUGUCCUGCGGGCAACUACUCUCCAAAGACAGAGAAGAGGGCACCCAGGAACUGGCAAGGCAGGUGAAAAAUCUUCCACAGGCCAACUACAACCUCCUCAAGUACGUCUGCAAAUUCCUUGAUGAAGUUCAGUCUCACUCCAGCUUUAACAAGAUGAGUGUCCAGAACCUGGCUACUGUCUUUGGUCCAAAUAUCCUCCGCCCCCUGAUAGAAGACCCAGUAACGAUCAUGGAAGGCACUUCCCACGUUCAGCACUUGAUGACCAUCUUGAUCAGCGAGCAUCGGCAGAUCUUCGGUGCCUCUUCGGUGGACAGAUCGGGAGUUCCGGCGGACAGCCCCGCUUCCGACUGGAUCUCAAGGGAGGGCAGCGGUGGGAGCAAGUGGAAAAACAGCAUUUCGGGCCCUGUUUGCUUGCCUUCGACGGGAGCCUCUUCCCCACUCAGGGCCCCCAUUCUGGAGGCCCCCGGCCAAGGAAGCUGCAGUCAGGCCACCAGGAGCCCUGGCACCAGAGAGCAAACUCUAGCACCUGGGAGACACUCCUUUUGCCAGCAGGGAACGAAGUCACUCAGUCCCCAAGGAGACAGGUCUUCUGCGGAUACCCCCAGUUUACCUUCUGGUGGGAACUGGCUUUGGAAUGGGUUGUGUUCUCUCCAGAGCCACCGAAAGGCCCCCUUAAGAGGGCAGGCCGGAGACUCCACUUCCUCUCACAGACUCUCCAUCUACGACAACGUCCCCACCGCCAGUCUCUCUCUUGGCCCGUCGAGCAGCUCCGGCACCUCCUGGGAAGGCUCUCUGGCGGGGGAGUCUGUCAUCAGCUGUGCCGCCUGCAGGGCAAGCGACUCCUCGGCCCUGGGCUCUCUGCAGACGGAGUGGGCCACGCGGGGCUCCCUGCCGCACAGUGUUGGAUACCCGGAGAACAGCACUGAGCGGUCUGACACGUGCUUCAGCAGCAGCAGCGGCAGCGAGCUAAAGAGCCUGGCAGCUGCUUCCAGGAACUCUGUCGCCUGCUCGGGAGCCCUGCAGAGCCUCGUGGUGGAACUGAAGGCAGAGCUGAGCAAGCAGAGGAUUGAGUACGAGGCCAGUAUCAAAAGGAUCGAAGAAACAAGCGCAGAACUGAGGAAGCUGGUAGCAAAACUGGAAGAUGAGCUGGAUCGAGAGAAGAAGAAAUACCGGUUGCUGGAGAUCAAACUCAGGAACGCUGAGCGGGCCUGUGAAGAUGCGGGCAAGAGAAAUCAGCUCCUGCAGAAAGAGAUGGAAGAUUUCUUUGCGACGUUAGGGGAUUUAACGGCAGAAAACCCACUGGCCAGAGCACCUAAGUAAGAGAGGCAGCGCACGGCACAGUGCCUCC